AUGCGCAGCUCUACAGCUCUUCUGUUAAUAGCAGCGAAAAUAACAGCUGCACGGUAUGAACUGUCUAUAUCAAGUACCAGCCCCUACAGCUUGGCUGUUAGCCAAGACGACCGGACAGUCGUGGACAGCAUCGAGAUCCUAACGGGAAUUUCCAACUACACUGCCACGUCCGUCUCUGCAUCUGACGCAGGAGAAAUCACCGACAAUGGAGGCCAAAUAGCCGCCGAGUUUCUGAGCGAGACUGUUGCAAGGAUCCAGGUCAAUGUCAGCAGUUCAUAUGUCGGCGCAGAAAUUUCCAAUGCUGAGGAUGCUCUGAGCUAUGGCGUCUGGGAAUAUCCGUGGUACGGGAAGGUUGCCAAUGAGAACGUAACAUACGAGAUCAAGGGAGUAGGAGAGGCAGAAGGGGUCAAUUGGGCCAAUGCACGUGCUCCAUUCUACCUGACAAGCGCGGGCUAUGGCGUCUACAUAGAUACACUGGCAAUGGGCUUGUUUGAUUUCAGCAACCCCAGCAGCACAAGCUUUGUGUUCAACAGCAGCAGCUUGACUAUCUAUCUCAUCUUCCCCACUGCUGAGAAUGACUUCAAGUCCAUCCUCACGCAGUACGCCUCUCUCUCGUCGUACAUUUUCAUGCCCCCGGAUUCGGCCUACGGUCCCAUCAUCUUCUCAGACAAUUGGGAAACAGACUUCCACGGAGACGUGUCCAACGCGCAGGAAAACUACUACGACGUCAUCAACCAUCUGCACGACAAUCAGAUCCGCGCCAGUGCCAUGUUCGCAGACCGCCCCUACGGCACCGGCAACGGAUCCUGGGGAAACUUCGACUUCAACCUCACGGCAUACCCCACGCCAGAGGAGUUCAUCAACAACCUCACAGACUGGGGAUUCGACUUCCAAGUCUGGGUAGCCAACCGCGCCACGCCCCAAACGGUGCUCUGGAACGCCUCCAUCCCCAACGACUGGCUCUUCGACGUCAACCACAGCGCCAUCCUCGGCGGCCUCCCCGGCCCAGCGCUCAACCUCUCCAUCCCAGCCGCCUACGACUUCUUCGCCUCACACCUCUCCGCCUUCACCGACCUCGGCGUCAAGGGCUACAAGAUCGACCGCGGCGAGGAGAACGAGAUGCCGGUAUGGGAGCAAAACGUGCAAAUGGCCCUCUUCACGCAACUCUGCCACGACAACAUGGCCGCCGCCUGGGGCACCGGCAACUUCUUCUCGUUCGCGCGCUCCGCCGUCGACCGCUCGCGCAGCCACACGGCCGUCUGGAACGGCGACUCGCACGCCAACUUCACGGGGCUCGCGUACAGCGUCGCCAGCGGCGUGCGCGCCGGCCUGCUCGGCUUCUCCAUGUGGGGGUCCGACACGGGCGGCUACAUCCGCAAGGUCGGCAACCCCGUGCCGGGCGAGGAGGUGUGGGCGCGCUGGAUGCACUUCGCUGCGUUUAGUCCCAUGUACGAGCUCAUGCUCGGCACCGGCGCGACGCCCUGGUACGAACCGUACUCGGCUGAUCUGGUUGCUGUGUUCCGCGAGACGGCGGCCUUGCAUCAUGCGUUGUUGCCGUAUAUACGCAGCUAUACUUACGCUGCGCAUAACACGACCGGCUUGCCCGUCAUGCGCGCACUCUUCCUCGAGGAGCCUGGCGACGCCGAGUCUUGGAGUGGGGAGUGGGCCGAUGACGAGUAUUUCUUCGGCGCUGAGCUGUUGGUCGCUCCCAUUGUGGCUGAGGGCGGCGCGCGUGAUGUUUACUUUCCCGGCUCGAACGAGACGGCGUACGUGGAGUACUUCAAUAAGAGCGCUGUCUUUUAUGGCGGCGAGACUACUUCGGUUACGCUCGGUCUACAUGACGUCCCCGUUUAUGUCAAGGCCGGCGCCAUCGUGCCCCGUGGCGAUGUCUACAGGGCGAAUGAUAGGUGGACCGAGAACUGGACACCCUACCUCGAUAUUGAAGUGUUCCCCGCAUGGGAAGUGCCGCGUUCUGUGUUCAAAUAUUACAACAAGGAGAAAGGUGAAGAAGUGGAGGUGGUGAUGACGGUGGAUGAGGAAAAGAAACAGGUGAAGGUUGAGUAUGGGGAUCUAGGCUUCAGUGGGAGUGUGAUAUUCUAUGUCAAGGGUGACGUCAAAAGGGUGGACUUAAUAGCUGGCGGCGGUGAGGCCACAGUUGAUGGCGUUUCUUCACUGUUUGAGGUUUAG